CUUAACGGGUAAGCAACUCAAUCACAGGGAUACCUAAUAAUAUGAACGAAUUUCUCAACAAACCGAAAAGUGAUUUACAUUUGACCGUGAAAUAAGUCGUUGCGUGACAGAGUUGUGAAUAAAAAUCGAUUUAAAUAAAAUUGAUGUUGAAAUUCGAAAAAAGUUGACAAGACAUUUCUUGUGAACAAAGAAAAAACUGAUUGAAAUUGUGAAAGCAUAGGAAUCAGAUUAUAGCAAGUUUGAGAGACGUGAGAGAAACGACGACUUCAAUAUUGAUAAGAAUGUGAUAUGAGCCGAUGUGUCCAUGAGUAAUAAAAAAUAGUUACUUAUCGAUGGUCGAACGUAAUGGAUCUAUUCAAAGUGAUCUGUAGAAUAAAGAAAAGUACAUUACGGUUGGACUGUAAACAUUCGAAGUAAUCAGUUCAAAGAGUGCAACGUUUAAUUUUAUACAAAAUAGCAGUUACAAAACUUGAAAUUCCCGAACAGACAUAAUGAAUUGUAAAAGAUCAUGGAUUCUGUGAAAAUAGAGCUAAAAGAAAAUCCACGUGAUGGAGCCAAUAUAUUUUCGGUGCUGUUUUUUGCGUGGGUGUAUCCAUUACUAAAAGAAGGCUCCUCAAAACCAUUGGAAACUGAAGAUAUUUUUCAAUCUCGACAAUGCGACAAAUCAAAGGUUUUAGCUGAUAAAUUACAAAGAUUUUGGGACCAGGAACAAAACGAAAAGAAAUGCGCUUCAUUAUUCAGAGCCAUCGCAAAGACAUUUUGGAAAGAAUACUUGGUUUUGGCACUAUUGUGUCUAGUGAACGAUGUUAUACUUAAAAUUGCGCAGCCACAACUUUUUCGUCGAUUUCUACAAUAUUUCAAAUCAAAAUCUGAAGUAAGCCAUAAUGAGGCCGUUUUGUAUGCUGGCGGCAUGGUUGUUCUGAGUGGCUUGGGCGUUUUGACAAUCAAUCAACUCUUUAUGACGGGCUAUUACAAUGGAAUGAAAGUAAGAGUAGCCGUUGGAAGUAUCCUUUACCGUAAAGCUUUAAGGGUAUCACAUGCAACACUAGAAAAUACAUCACAUGGCAAAAUUAUGAACAUUCUAUCGAACGAUGUGUUUAGGUUUGACGCGAUGUCUAUGUUUAUAAAUGCGAUGUGGACGGCUCCGUUACUAGUUGUUACCGUUGGAUACUUACUAUGGAUUGAAAUCAAAUGGGCUGGCAUGUUGGGCCUCUUGGUUGUAUUCGUCAUUGUACCUAUUCAGAGUUAUUCCGGAAAACUUUCUGUAACUUUUCGAAAUCAAACUGCCAAACGUACUGACGAACGAAUUCGAUUGAUGGACGAAAUUAUUUCCGGCAUUCAUAUGAUCAAAUUGAUGGCUUGGCAGAAACACUUUACAAAUUUAAUUGCCUUGGCACGUAAAUUUGAGUUAAAGGUUGUUCGAAAAAAUUCAUAUGUGCGUGCAUUGUACAUGACAUUCGCCAUGUUUACCACGCGAAUUGCUCUGUUUUGUUCACUUUUAUCAAUAAUUUUCCUGUAUGGCGAACAAGACAUAACGGCUGCAAAAGUUUUCGUGGUUUCAUCAUAUUUUUCGGUGAUUGCACAAACGCUCUCACAAAUGUUUGUACGUGGCAUUACCGAGAUUGCUGAAGGGCUCGUUGCCGUUGAGAGGAUUCAAAGCUUCUUGGAAAGUGAAGAAAAAGUAUUAAAUACUUUGCCAAGUACCAACACUUUAACCGAAAAAAACCCAGAGGAGCAAUUUCAUCGAGUACUAAACAAUAUCGACAGCGAAAAUUUUACCAUUUGUACUCGAAAGAUGAACGCACGAUGGACACCAUCCGAUCAAAUGUCAUUCAAUUUGUCUGAUAUAAAUUUGGAAUUUCGUAAAAAGGGAAAAUUAAUUGGCGUCACUGGUGUCGUUGGAUCGGGAAAAUCAAGUUUAUUACAAGCAUUUUUACGUGAACUACCCACAGAGACUGGAUUGUUAACAUUAAACGGUACCAUAUCGUAUUCAUCACAAGAACCAUGGGUCUUCGAUUCGUCAAUUCGUCAGAAUAUUCUAUUUGGUGAAAAAUUUGAUCGGAAACGUUAUGAAAUGGUGGUGAAGGCAUGCGACUUGGAAAAGGAUUUUAAUCAACUUGAAUAUGCGGACCAGACGUUAAUUGGACAAAAAGCAAUGCUAUCCACGGGACAAUUUUCACGCAUCAAUUUGGCAAGAGCUGCGUAUCGAAAGGCUGAUAUUUAUCUGUUAGACGAUCCCUUGAGUGCGGUCGACAAUCAUGUGCAAUUACAUCUGUUUACAGAUUGUAUAGGUCCGAAUGGAAUUUUAGCAAAACAAAAAUCAACUCGCAUCCUAGUCACGCAUCAUUUGCAUUUUUUGACAAAUGUCGAUUGGUUAAUCGUAAUGAAUGAUGGAAAAAUAAGUGCUCAAGGGCAUCCGCAUGAUUUGAAUUCGAUUGAAUUCCCCUUAAUAUACAGCGAAAUCGAUGAACAAAAGCAGAAACAAGAAACGAACGAAAAUCAAAGACGCCGUAAAGUAUCACGAGUGUCAGUAAAGUCAUUGUCAAUAACAUCAAUGAAUAGCGAAUAUGAGAGUAUGCGGCGUGAGAGUGAAUUUGACCCAUGUCUCAUCGAAUCGCUACAAUUUUAUGAAGAAAGCACCACCGAAUCACAAAGAUCGUCAUUUUUUAGUUAUUUUCAAUCUGGUGCAAAGCCCAUCGUAUUGUUUAUCAUAUGUUUACUAUUCAUACUCGCCCAAUUGUCAGCAAGCGGAACGGACUAUUUUGUUUCAUUUUGGAUAUAUCAAGAAGAAACGCGACAUAUGUACAAUCAAAUUGCACUCAAUGCAACGGCACGUGGGAGCACAGAUGUCCUCAGUACAAGUACAUGUAUCGUAAUUUACAGCAUUUUAGUUGCAUCAAUAUUCGUGUUUGCUCUUGCGAGAUCUAUAUCGUUUUAUAAUGUUUGCAUAAAAGCCUCGCAAAACCUACAUGAUAACAUGUUCAAAGCAUUGAUAUCAACAUCGAUGAGAUUCUUCAAUCUGAACCCACCCGGUCGAAUUUUGAAUCGCUUCUCGCGUGAUAUAGGUACGGUGGAUGAAAGUCUACCAAAAGUGUUUUUAGAUUCCAUUCAAACAAAUUUGAAUAUGUGUGGCGCAAUCAUUUUAACUGCCUUUGUAAUUCCGGUAGUUUUGAUUCCAUUAUCUGUAAUUGCGAUUGUAUUUUGGAUUAUACGAGGUGUUUACCUUAAAACCUCCAAAAGUUUAAAGCGUCUCGAGAGCAUAAGUCGUUCUCCUUUGUAUACACAUAUGUCUGUAUCUUUGGAGGGUUUGUCAACAAUUCGAGCUUUUAGUGCUGAAAAAAUUCUAAUUGACGAAUUCGACCGACAUCAAGAUAGUCAUACUUCAUUAUGGUUUGCAUUUAUUUCAACAAGUUGUGCAUUUGGUUUUGCACUCGAUGCCAUGUGUUUUGUUUUGGUGUUUAUUGUAAUUUUUAGCUUCCUACUAUUCGACACUGGUACUUCGGGCGAUAAAGUCGGUUUGGCUGUAACUCAAUCACUGACAAUGACGUCUUUACUGCAGUGGGGCAUUCGGCAUUCAUGUGAAGUGGCAAAUCAAUUGAUAUCUGUUGAACGUAUACAAGAAUACAGUGACUUAGAAGCAGAAUACCAACCAAAAAAACGAAAAGAAAUGACGCAAUCUUGGCCCAGUGACGGUCGUAUCGAAUUUCGCAACGUCACAUAUAAGUAUGCGUACGAAUCCGAAGCGGUUUUACAUAGAAUAUCAUUUGAUGUUUUGCCAAAAAAUAAAAUUGGCGUCGUCGGCAGAACGGGAGCUGGGAAAUCGUCAUUAAUUGGCGCUCUAUUUCGAAUGGCUUAUGUAAAAGGCGAAAUACUUAUAGACGGCGUUAACACCGAAACUAUUGAUUUACAAUUACUUCGAUCAAAUAUUUCGAUUAUUCCACAAACACCGUUACUAUUCUCUGGCACACUCAGACAAAAUUUGGAUCCACUCAAUGAGCACAGUGAUGAUGAAAUCUAUAGUGCACUUGAUGAUAUUAAAAUGCGACACAUUGCUUGCGGAAGCCAUGGAUUGGACUUAAAUGUUUUAGCAAACGGUGGAAAUUUUAGCAACGGCCAGCGGCAAAUUUUGUGCCUGGCUCGUGCAAUUCUACAAAAGAAUACGAUUUUAGUUCUUGAUGAGGCCACAGCGAAUGUUGAUUCUCAGACCGACGAACUGAUUCAGCAAACAAUCCGAACAAAAUUUGCCGAUCAUACCGUUUUGACGAUUGCGCAUCGUUUGAAUACAAUCAUCGAUUACGAUCGCGUUCUGGUGAUAGACGCAGGCAAAUGCGUCGAAUAUGAUAGGCCUUACAAUCUAUUGACAAAAACCUCAGGAUAUUUCAAGGAAAUGGUUCAAGCUCUUGGUCACAAAGAAUUCGAACGAUUUCUAGAAAUUGCCAAAACCAAACAACUGUGAAUUAUAAAAAGCCUAAAAAAACGAAAAUUUUGUCUUACCAUUGUUAUUGACUGUUUUGUUAUUAAUGAAUAAACAAUUAAAAAGA